GAGUACUCUGGGAGAGUAGAAAAGCGCUGUAUAAGAAUCAGUCCAUUUACCUUUAUUGAAAAGGAUCGACAAGUCAACUUGAUCAUUUGUGCCACUAUAUACAGUCUGGUGUGGGAUCUUAACUAUUUUCACUGGUUGAAUUGGUGUGCUGUAUUUGUUGUUGUUUGUUGUUGUAAAGUCUGUUCACUGGAAAAUAUAAAGUAUAAAUGUGUCAGAUUUUGUCUCUCUCUAAAGUUUAUUUGUAUCUUUUGUGGUUAAAUGUUCUGUGUUAAAUCUGUGGACAUGGACAGUUUAUCAGUUAGCACAUGUUAGUGAAAGUGUUACGGGACUCAAUUUGAAAGGGACUUGGUUUUAGCAACAGCAAUGGAGUUCUGCAACAAAUCAUUGAUUUUCCCCGGCAAACAUCUGUUGGAGUGCUCACUUUAAGAAGUGGAAAGAAGAAACCUCUUAUUUGCAUUCUCUGGGAACUAUGUUCAGAAGAUGUUUUUUCUACCGUGUGGCAUGUGAAUAUUUUGAAUUCUUGUUACUAACAACAUGGUGUUCCUUAAUAAUAACUUCAAUAUAGGAAGUCCUUCAACACCUUGUGAGAAAGAGGACUGAUGUAGUUCUAGAUAGGAAGAACACUGUGAGCUGGCAAUAGCACCUUUGUUGUCUUACUGACCACUUUAAGCACUUUGGAGUGAUCUUCAGUUUAGUCAAUAGCAAGAAGUAACUAUGUGUUUUAAUAGUCCCUGAUACUACGUGCUUCCUGAUUCAGGGUAAUUAUACAGCUAGAGGGACAUUUAAAGACAUACAGAAGGUACACCGACCUCAGGCUGUAGACUCCAGUCCUGUUGUUGUGUUCUGUUCUGUUGUUGACAUAUUGUACCUAUGUCACUUUUUAUCUCAGAAGUCGAAAUGGACUUUGUUGUCCCGCUGAAGGAUGUUUCUGUGCCAGAAAAGAAACAAGCAAAGUUUGAAUGCACCAUCACAAAAGAUGUUUUUAAAGUCAUGUGGUAUAAAGGGGCUGACAUCAUCACCCAAGACCAAAAAUAUGACAUCAUCGACGACGGAAAGAAGCACAUGCUGAUUAUAAACUGCUGUGAGUUUGAUGACGAGGAUGAAUACAUGAUUGAAGUUUUAGGCAAAACCUCAAAAGCUAGACUCACAGUGGAGGGUAUCAGGCUGAAAUUUAUCUCACCAAUAAAGGAUCAAACUGUAAAGGAAGGCAAAACAGCUCGCUUUGAGCUGGAGCUUUCUCAUGAGAACAUCCCCAUCACCUGGUACAAGAACGACAACAAAAUUCAUCCGAGCAGAACUGUUGUCAUUCAUGUGGAUGGAAAGAAGCAUGCACUAGAAAUGAGAGAAGUGACGCUAGAUGAUAUCUGCCAAAUUAAGGCUGAGGCCAAAGGAAUUCUUUCCAUGGCCAACCUGACAGUUAUAGAGGGAGAUCCGUACUUCACAGUUAAGCUGCAGGACUAUACUGCAGUGGAGAAAGAUGAGGUGGUUCUAGAUUGCGAGCUCAGCAAAGAUGUUGAUGUCAUGUGGUACCACAAUGAGGCCGAGAUCAAAGCUUCUAAGACGGUGAACAUUAAAGCCGAAGGCAAACGCAGAGUCCUCAUAAUCAAGAGAGUUGGGGACAAAGACAAAGGACAGUACCUAUGUGACUGUGGAACAGACAAGACAACAGCAACUCUUCAUAUUGAAGCUCGUCACAUAAAGGUGGUUCGGCCGAUGUAUGGCGCUGAGGUGUUUGACGGAGAGACAGCUCGAUUUGAGGUUGAGCUCAGUGAAGAUGAUGUCCAUGGCCAGUGGAAACUGAAUGGAGAACUCCUCAGUCCAUCCACUGAUGUUGAAAUUGUGGAGGACGGUGCCAAACAUACUCUGGUCUUGUACAACUGCAGAGUACCUCAGACCGGCGAGGUCAUGUUCACUGCUGCUAAUGCCAAAUGUUCUGCUAACCUGAAAGUGAAGGAGGUCCCAGUGUCAUUCAUUACACCUCUGGCUGAUGUACACGUGUAUGAAAAGGAUGAAGCAAAAUUUGAACUAGAAAUUUCCCGGGAGCCCAAAAGCUUCCGUUGGCUGAAGGGAUCUCAAGAGUUGUCAACAGAUGACAAGUUUGAACUCCACGUAGAAGGAAAGAGACACAGUCUUAUUGUAAAAUCUGCCAGAUAUGAAGAUGAAGGUAAAUACAUGUUCGAGGCUGAAGAUAAGAGGACAUCCGGAAAGUUGAUGAUCAAAGGUAUUCGCCUUGCAUUUAUCAAGCCAAUAAGAGAUGUGACCGUAAAGGAACGUGAAACUGCAGAGUUCAGCGUUGAACUCUCUCAUGAAAAAAUCCCAGUCGUCUGGUACAAAAAUGAUGUCCGUUUGCACCCCAGCAAAGUGGUGCACAUGUCUGAGGAAGGAAAAGUGCACACGCUGGCCUUCAAGGAGGUCACAAUUGAUGACACCUCUAUGAUCAAAGUGGAGGCGAUGGGCAAGACUUCAGAGGCCAUGCUCACCGUUCUCGAGGGCGACCUGUACUUCACAGUGAAGCUCCAGAAUUACACCGCUGUUGAGAAAGAUGAGGUGAUUUUGUCCUGCGAGUUGAGUAAGGCCGCUGCUGAGGUCAAAUGGUUCAAAGAUGGCGAAGAAAUCUUUCCCUCCAAGAACAUUUCCUUCAAAUCUGAUGGCAAGAAACAUAUGUUGGUCAUCAAGAAGGCAGCAAAGAGCAACAUGGGCGCUUACAGCUGCGACUGUGGAACUGACAAAACUACCGCUGACCUUAACAUCGAAGGUAAUACCUGUGGUGAUCCGGCCCCUCAGACUCCACCGGGACUGCAGAGACAGGCCCCACCCACCAGCAUUCACCAAACCCCGCCUCCUGUUAUCUCCAUCUGUCCUGCAUUACUGCAACUUCCACUUUUAUUCUAAAUGCUUGUAAAAGUGAUCAUUAUAAUACUUGAGAAUUAUUCAACCUUGCACAUCUUACAGUGAAUGGUAUUAUGGAUCUGAUAAGAAAAAAGUAGAUGUGGAUAUAGUUGGAAAUGUUUUAUGGGGUUAAUUAUUCUCAAGCGUUCCUCAACUUCUGUUUUUACACAAAUUGUAAGCUUCUCUUCUGAUUUUAACUCUCCUGUCUUGUCCUAUGUUUAAUUCAUCUGUUACACUGUAUCUGACAAUGUGAAACUCUUUUCACAGAUGUUGUCUAAUACGUUUCCAUUCGCUUCCCUUCACUUGUAAGUUUCGCUAACAUAUUUUAACAAACU